AACCGCUCACACACAAUCAUGCGUGUGAUUGGGCCGCCCACCCGAAAAUCCCUAAUUUCCCAAAAUUGUGCCAUAGUCCUCAGUUUCUCACUCUCAACUCAGAAGCAGCAAUGCAAUAGAAGUGCCAUGCUAAAGUCUCUCUGUUUGCCUGCCCGCUUGCCUAUUCCCUUCUUUACCAGACCAAUUUGCUUAAGGAAAAUGACUACUGCACCAUCACCCAUAUGCCCAAAAUUUAUUUCUGUUGAUGGGGGUGACAUUCAUUCAAGAAGUAAACCUGAUGGCAUUAGAUUCCGUCUCGUCUCCUAUAACAUUUUAGCUCAGGUUUAUGUGAAGAGUUCCUUAUUUCCGCAUUCUCCAUCUCCUUGCCUCAAGUGGAAGUCCCGUUCACAGGCAAUUUUGACUAUUCUCAAGAACCUUGGGGCCAGCUUCCUCUGCCUACAGCAGGAGCUGGAUGAGUAUGAUAGCUUUUACAAGCAAAACAUUGAGAACCAUGGCUAUUCCAGUAUUUAUAUUCAGAGAAGUGGCCAGAAACGUGAUGGGUGUGGAAUUUUUUAUAAGCGCAACUGUGCAGAGUUGCUCUUAGAGGAGAGGAUAGAAUACAAUGAUCUUGUAAACUUGGUUCAAGAUGAAUCAUAUUUAUAUGAAAAUAAACAAAUUGAUACACAGGGCAAUGAGGAUAAAAACGGUGAACCAAAGAAAGGUUCCUCAUUAAAAGGUACUGAAGAUUGUGGAGAUCCUAAUGAUCCUCGUGUAAGAUUGAGGCGCGAUUGUGUUGGAAUCAUGGCUGCAUUUAAACUCAAGGAUGCUUUUCAUCAUAUUGUUAUUGUUGCAAACACACACCUUUACUGGGAUCCAGAAUGGGCUGAUGUCAAGCUUGCCCAAGCUAAAUAUCUUUUAUCACGCUUAUCUCAAUUUAAGGCUCUGGUUUCUAACAAGUUUGAAUGUACACCACCUGUUAUUCUGGCAGGUGAUUUCAAUUCAACCCCAGGGGACAAGGUUUACCAGUACCUUAUUUCUAGCAACUCUUCGUCGAUGCCACUUGCAGAAUGCGUGGAUGAGCUUCCUAUUCCCUUGUGUAGCUUCUAUGGUCAUACGAGAGGAGAACCACCAUUCACAAAUUGCACCCCUGACUUCACAAAUACACUUGAUUAUAUAUUCUUUUGCCCUGAUGAGAAAAUAAAACCAGUCAGUUUCCUCGAACUUCCUGAAGCAAAUUCACCUGAUGUUCUUGGUGGAUUACCGAACUAUUACCACCCAAGUGACCAUCUACCAAUUGGUGCUGAAUUUGAAAUCUCCAAGGAAUAAAGCCUCACAGAGGUAAGCACAACUGCAUCUCCUUGUCAUCUCUUUUCUUUUCCUUAUUUCUCAAAUACCAUGAUUGAUGGAUCUAUUUCUGUGCAAAUACGGCAAAAGAUUGGAAAGAAAAGAUGAUUUAACUUGGUUUGGGAGGCUUUGUAUGAUUGAUUUUUUGUCAUUAGGUACGAGGAUCAACAACAACAUUUUUAUGAUACUUUUAUGAGAUGAACCAAAAAAUUUUGGCAUAGAACUUUGUUGAAGCAUGUUAGUUGCUUAAAUGGCUAAAUCAUUUUUAUUGUUUUAAUUUAUCAAUUUUCCAGCUUUUUAUAAAAAUGUGUAAUAAUUAGUUAAAAUUCAAAUUUAUCAAUAAAACUUGUAUUGUCAUGUUUGUAA